AUGACGCAAGCCAAGAUAAGUCAGGCGGCUAAGGGUCAAGCGGCUAAAGGUCAAGCGGCUGAAAGUCAAGCAAAUAAGGACGAAGCACAAGAAGGUGAAGCAGAUACAAUACGCGGCGAAAGCGUAAAAAAAGAAAACUUAAAUUUGCAAGACCUUACUUUUGCUAAGCGCCGCGCUAUUACAACUCGACAGCUAUCCGAAAUUCCUGACCCUACUUUUGCUAAGCGCCGCGCUAUUACAACUCGACAGCUAUCCGCUGCUGAAUCUUCUUCUGCUUCUAUUAGCAAUCGCACUAAAAAAGCUUUCGCGCAAAAAGCUUUUAAAAGGUCUUUCACUGUCUCGGGCCCAAUUAUAGCUAUAAAAACCGCGACGAAGACGAUGCUUUAUAAUGAUACAGAUGAAGAAGAGCAAGGCGAUGAUAAAGAAAACUCAAGUGAAAAUGAUAUUCCUCUCUCUCAACACAAAAGAGCUAAAAAAUCACUUUCGACGGCUAGAACUGCUCGCUCCGUUUUAUUAGCUAGCAAAUCACCUUCGGCAACUAAAACUUCUUCUCGUCAAAAAUCCAAAAAAGGCAAGUAUCUUAAGAAGUCUGCAGUUGUUGCGAAAAAAAGAGGUUUAAGCUAA